UGGAAUUCACGGAAACACAUCCUGCAGAGAAGCCAGUGUGUCUCUGGAGCUGUAAGCCAACACAAGCAGACAAUGUAGCAAUGUAGAGGUUCUUUGUUUCUUUAUCUCUCUGGACAUGCAGCAGACAAGAAGACUCUCUACAUAACAAAAGGACAAGAUCUCAAACAUCUAAUCUUGUAUCUUGGACUGGACAACAAGAAAACAUGUUUCUAAACCCAACCUGGAGUGAAGAAAGCAAAGAGCAAUAGAACAUUUAAGGGGAAAGUCACCAGUUUCUUACUAUGCGGAUGGACACGUUGUGAAGUCAGCCUGCCUACUCUGCCUACUGCUUCUUUACUUAAGUAUGUAGGGGCUGAAUCCAGACCAAAUAGACUUGUCUCACCAUCAAGUACCUGUGUUGAGCAAGUGUGAAGAAAAGCAACCAGAAGCAAGGAGGUGAACAGACGGUGAAGUGUGGUGGUUUGCAGCAUCAGCCCCUGAAGAUGCUGCAGGCUGGUAACUACUCACUGGUGCUGCUGGUCCAGCUGACACUGUUGGCCUACGACCUCUUCGUCAACUCCUUCAGUGAACUCCUGAGGGGAGCGCCUGUCAUCCAACUUGUGCUUUUCAUCAUCCAGGACGUUGCCAUCUUGUUCAACGUGAUCAUCAUCCUGCUGAUGAUGUUCAACACCUACGUGUUCCAGGUCGGCCUGUUGUCGCUGCUCCUGGAGAGGUUCAGGGCUCUGCUGAUAUUAUCCGCUCUUUACCUGACGCUCAGCAUCUGCUUCCACUGCUGGGUGUUGAACCUUAGAUGGUUCGAGUCAAACAGUUUCGUUUGGACAGAUGGUCUUCAAGCCCUGUUUGUUUUCCAGAGAACAGCGGCAGUGAUGUAUUACUACUUGUACAAACGAACAGCAGAGUAUAUGGGAGACCCGAGGCUGUAUGAGGACUCUCUGUGGCUUCGAGACGCCUUUGCCAAAGCUUGUCAGUGAAAAAGAGUCUUUGAGAGAGACAGAAGGAUCUGUGGAGAAAGGCUCUUCUGACAUUGUAACAUCAUCAUCAGCUAUUCUGAAUUUUGGACUAUUUUCACGUUUAAAAAAAACAAGCUACGGAUGAAGCAACGUCUCAACCAGUUUGUGUUUACUGGCUUUUCGUUGCCAAUCAAGCAAUUGGUUAAAUGGUUUACAGUGGCAGGUAAGCCAACCGUGGUAGUAUUGCAUUAAGCAGGAUUGUGUCUGUUAAUCUAUGUGGCCUUUGUUAAUCAAUUUGAAUUACAGACAAAAUGCAAAACAUUGGAAGAAUGUUAGGAGUUGCUAAUGUACCAUUUGUAAAACAACAUGUAGUAAUACUUUUGUAGGAAUAGUUCCCCCGCAAAGGAGGAAACAUGUUGAUUUAUUAUGCCUUAUGUAAAUUUAGUAUGCUGUUUACAUGGUAAAUGUUUUUUUAAUAAGCCAUUUUCAUGUGAAUACAGUUGUCUUUUAGGGGCGAUCUUUGAAUAGUGUUUCCGCUGUUUUUAUUAAAUAAUCCUUCUCUAAUCCCGGCGUAAUCCUUCAUCACUUGGAUAGUCUGUAUUAUCCCGCAGACGAGGUGAAACAGACUGCUCUAUUUUUAACACAAAGAUUAAUCAGGGAUUUGGGUUUUAGGCGCCACUUGUGAAACACACCAAAAAAUAGUCUUCAGUGAGUAAAAAUAACCUAAUCUCAACAACAGGUCAAGUUCCAGUGAACUUCAGGUCUCAUC